GAUUACUGAAGCAUUCGCCGGCUAAAACCCUUGAGCUCCAAAACCCCCGAAGAAAUGCUCCGAUCAAUACUCCGAACCGCCGCUACGGCGGCGAAUUCCACCACCGGAGACAUCCGUAUACCGGCAUCAAUCUCAGCAUCUUCCAAGCUCUCUUCUUCCAGAACCUUCGCGACGAGCACACACCCGAAGAAACCCAACUUCAGACCCGAUGUCAAACAUGAAAAUGCUGCUGCAGGAGCCAAAGCUGCUGAAACUCUCAAUAAGGAUCUUCGUGCACGCGCUCUCAAAGAAGACGAGAAGGAUAAAUCACUGGAUAUCGGUCCAAAUGGUCGUCCACUAUUCACUCCCGCAACUUCUAUUUCCGAGCUUACCGAAAAGGAUACAUGUACUUACAUGAAAUUCAGGAGGGAAGAGCUGGAGAGCGUUUUGCCGGAGGGAUUACCAACGGGCAUGCUUAAGGAAUUCGAUGACUCUAUGAGAGAUGCAUUGCUAAUACGCCAGAGUUUUCUGGAUCUUCGAGAUAAUUUUAAAAGGGUUGUUGAUCCUACUUUGCAAUCUAAUACUAAAGGUCUCAAAACCCGAAAGCAAGUUGUAUUAGAUGGGCCUGUAAGUUGUGGAAAGAGUAUUGCCCUUGCAAUACUUAUUCAUUGGGCACGUGAUGAAGGUUGGAUAGUUCUUUAUGUUCCUAAAGGCCGAGAAUGGACUCAUGGAGGCUUUUUCUAUAAAAAUCCUAAAACAGGAUUAUGGGAUACUCCUGUCCAAGCAGCAAAUGUUCUUCAGGAUUUCUUGAAGUAUAAUAAGGAUCACCUCCAAAAGUUACCCUGCAAAAUUUUUGAACCUAUUCCACUGGGAGAGGGAGCUGGUGUUGGAUGGAUGAAAGGUGCUGAUGUGGUACAAAUACCAGAAGAUUAUACUCUGCUUGACCUGGUUCAAGUCGGGCUUAAUUCUACUCAUGCUGCUGUUGGGGUGGUAGUCCGUUUGAGGGAAGAAUUAUCCCUUGUGAAGGACGUGCCUGUUCUUAUUGCAGUUGAUCAAUACAACAGUUGGUUCACAUUCAGUGAGUAUGAGGAGCCAGUAACUGUUCGUUCUUGCAGACCUAUUCAUGCUAGAGAACUUGCAACUGUUAAUGCAUUUAGGUCCAUGUUUCACAACAAUAUGAUGGUGGGUGCUUUCUCGCAUUCAACUGCUGUAGGGAAGCUGCGCAAAGACUUACCAGAUGUUCCUGCAGAUGCCCGCAUCAAUUUCCCACGAUAUAGUGUGGAUGAAGCUGCAUCCGUUUGUCAUUACUACCUAAGACAACGGCUCAUUCAGCGUGAGGCAUUUACAGAACAAAGCUGGAAGAAAAUCUAUUAUCUGUCAAAUGGAAAUGGCGCAGAAAUGAGAUGGCUGGUUCCUUUCAUGCGUUGAACCACAAAGAGUCGAACUUCAACAGAUAACAUUGAGAUUUUAACGGUAAAAUUAUUGCAUCUGUUAAUACUCUGUGAAUCUGGUCAUUCUCAGUAACAAAUAAUCUGGGUGCUUUCUUGACCAACUCUCUAGAGAAAACAGUGAGGUUUACUUCUUGAAUUUUUGCUCUGUACUCUAGGCUAGUUUAGGCAUAUAUUGCCUGUGUUUGUAUGCUUUGAUAUCCAGAAAAUUUUCACCGAUUCAUAUAUACGUCAUUACACCAGGCUAUUGUUCUUUCCAUUUUCUUUUGCUUGUUUCUUGACCUGGUGUGUGUAUUCAAUGAUGUUGUAACUGCACAAUAUAACCUUCUGAAUUUUUAGGA